AUGCCUUCCGCCCUCGAUCAAUUAAAGGCCACUGGCACGACCGUCGUCUGCGAUUCUGGUGACUUUGCAACUAUCGACAAGUACAAGCCUCAGGAUGCGACUACCAAUCCUUCACUGAUCCUUGCCGCUUCGAAGAAACCAGAGUACGCCAAGUUGAUUGAUUCUGCAAUUGAGUAUGGGAAGAUUCAAGGCAAGACUCCUGAAGAAAAAGUUGAUGCCAGUCUCGAUCGGCUUCUGGUUGAGUUUGGCAAGGAGAUCUUGCAGAUAAUCCCCGGCAAAGUCUCGACUGAAGUCGAUGCGCGCUUUUCCUUUGAUACCAAAGCUUCCGUCAACAAGGCUCUUCACAUCAUCGAGCUUUACAAAUCCGUUGGCAUUCCCAAGGAGCGAAUUCUGAUCAAGGUCGCCUCGACAUGGGAGGGCAUCCAAGCAGCUCAUAUCCUCCAAUCACAGCAUGGCGUCAACUGUAACUUGACAUUGAUGUUCUCUCUAGUCCAGGCCAUUGCUGCUGCUGAAGCUGGUGCCUACCUCAUCUCCCCCUUCGUUGGCCGAAUCCUCGACUGGUACAAAGCUGCCAUGAAGAAAGAUUUUACCCCCGAGGAAGACCCUGGUGUGAAAAGCGUGCAGAGCAUCUUCAACUACUACAAGAAGUACGGAUACAAGACUAUUGUCAUGGGUGCCUCUUUUCGAAACACUGGAGAAAUCACCGAAUUGGCUGGAUGCGACUAUCUGACCAUUUCGCCCAACCUCCUCGAAGAACUGUACAACUCCACCGCCCAUAUUCCCAAGAAACUCGACGCAUCCAAGGCUGCUACCCUUGAUAUUCCCAAGCGCUCCUACCUCAAUGACGAAGCUCUCUUCCGUUUCGACUUCAACGAAGAUCAAAUGGCCGUCGAGAAGCUGCGGGAGGGCAUCUCCAAAUUCGCUGCUGAUGCAGUCACGCUUAAAAACAUUCUUAAAGAGAAGAUUGGCGCAUAA